AUGGCCAGUUACAGCUUCAGGCAAGUCACCUCUUCUGUGGCAGGGGGACCUGGAGGCUCCUCCAUCCGUUUUGGUGGAGGUUCCUUUAGGGCUCCGAGCAUCCAUGGGGGAUCUGGUGGCAGAGGUGUGUCCGUCUCCUCUGCUAGGUUUGUCUCUUCUGGCCUAGGAAGUGAGCUGGGUGGUGGAUAUAGAAGUGGUUUUAGCAGCAGCUUUAGUGGUGGUUAUGGUGGUGGUUUGGGUAGCGGUGAUGGCCUCCUCUCUGGAAACGAAAAGGCAACCAUGCAAAGCCUGAAUGAACGCCUCGCGUCUUACCUGGACAAAGUGCGUGCACUGGAAGAGGCAAACUCUGAUCUCGAAACUAAAAUCCGAGCCUGGUACCAAAAACAAGGACCAAGCCCAGCGCGGGACUACAGUCCUUACUACAAGACUAUUGAGGAUCUUCGGGACAAGAUCCUUGAUGCCACUAUCGACAACUCAAAGAUUGUCCUGCAGAUCGACAAUGCCAGGCUGGCUGCUGACGACUUCAGAACCAAGUUUGAGACGGAGCAGGCUCUUCGCAUGAGCGUGGAGGCCGACAUCAACGGCCUGCGCAAGGUCCUGGAUGAGCUGACCCUGGCUAGAACUGACCUGGAGCUGCAGAUUGAAAACUUAAAUGAGGAGCUGGCUUAUCUCAAGAAAAACCACGAGGAGGAAAAGAGUGCCCUGGGAGGGCAAUUAGCUGGCCAGGUCAGUGUUGAACUGGACUCUGCUCCAGGCAUUGACCUGUCCAAGAUCCUGGCUGACAUGAGAGACCAGUAUGAACACAUGGCUGAGAAGAACAGGAAGGAUGCUGAGGCCUGGUUCCACAGCAAGACUGAAGAGCUGAACCAUGAAGUAGCUGUCAAUACUGAACAACUGCAGAGCAGCAAGUCUGAAGUCACCGACCUGCGACGCAGCCUCCAAGGGCUGGAAAUAGAACUUCAGUCCCAGCUCAGCAUGAAAGCGGCGCUGGAAAGCACGCUGGCAGACGUGGAAGCGCGGUACGGCGCCCAGCUGGCACAGACCCAGGGCCUCAUUGGCAGCAUCGAGGCGCAGCUGGUUGAGCUCCGAGCCGACAUGGAGCGGCAGAACAGCGAGUACAAGAUCCUCAUGGAUAUCAAGACUCGACUGGAGCAAGAGAUCAACACUUACCGACAACUCCUGGAAGGCCAGGAGUCCCAGAUGUUUGGCUCCCUCGCUGGAACUGCUGACAGAAGAGACAAGCUGGCAGAUGGAAAAUAG